CCCUGGCGGCUUCGCACAGUAAAUAAACGGCUACUCUGGUGUCGAACACGUCUGUUCCCUUCACCGGCCCGGUUCCAGUCACUUCUGCCGUACAACUUUCUCUGCGCUCAACCGGUCUGAACGGCACGGUUUACACAUCCACGGGCGAACUACGCAGCGGGUCAGAGAAACAGGUGGAAGCUCCCUUUUCAGCCCGAGGAGACCUGUGCUGUGUGUCCGCCUGCGAGCCGCUCGGUUCCCCUCGCUGAACAGUGGCUGCCUGUUCCUGCCUCGCUGAGGGUCUCGUGACGGUUGCGAGGAGCGACGACAGCGCCGCUCGCGCGUUUAUCUGCGCUUGUUUUUGAACGCGCGUGCCAGUCGAAAAAGAUGGCGGACUCCGACGGAGACGAGGUCCGGCCCGCUCCUCCGGCUUCGCUCAGCGCGGCGCCCCGCAACGGACCCGCAGCAGGCUCGACCACAGCCACGGCGGGCCCGCGUAUCGUCCGAAUCGUGAAGUCAGAGUCGGGCUACGGCUUCAACGUCCGCGGCCAAGUCAGCGAGGGCGGGCAGCUGCGGAGCAUCAACGGCGAGCUGUACGCGCCGCUCCAGCACGUCAGCGCCGUGUUACCGGGGGGCGCGGCGGACCGGGCAGGGAUCUCCAAAGGAGACCGGAUUCUGGAGGUGAAUGGAGUGAAUGUGGAAGGUGCUACCCAUAAGCAAGUGGUGGAUCUGAUCCGGGCUGGAGAGAAGGAGCUGGUGCUGGCCGUACUGUCCGUGCCACCACAAGAAGUGGACGGGCUGGACCCGGGAGAGGAUGGCUCUGCCCCUCCCAAUUAUGACUACAGUGAUAAGCAGGCAGUGCCCAUCUCUAUCCCCACCUCCAAACAUGUGGAGCAACAUGGGGAAAGAUUUGUGGUGUACAACAUCUACAUGUCUGGCAGACAGCUGUGCUCAAAGCGCUACCGGGAGUUUGCAAUCCUGCACCAAAACCUGAAAAGAGAGUUUGCCACCUACUCCUUCCCCAAGCUGCCUGGAAAAUGGCCCUUCUCCUUGUCAGAGCAACAGCUGGACGCCCGCAGGAGAGGACUAGAGGAGUACCUGGAGAGAGUGUGCUCAAUAAGGGUCAUCGGGGAGAGUGACAUUAUGCAAGAGUUCCUGUCUGAGUCGGAUGAGAACUAUAAUGGUGUAACGGAUGUGGAGUUGCGAAUAGCACUGCCUGAUAAGACCACCAUUUCUGUGAAAGUGCGUAAGAACAGCACCACUGACCAAGUUUACCAGGCACUAGUGAUAAAGGUUGGAAUGGACAGCAUCAUGGCCAGUUACUUUGCCCUCUUUGAGGUGAUCAACCACUCUUUCGUUCGUAAGUUGGCUCCCAACGAGUUCCCUCAUAAGCUGUAUGUGCAGAACUAUACCUCUGCAGUGCCAGGGACCUGCCUGGCCCUGCGCAAGUGGCUCUUCAGUACGCAGGAGCAUGAGCUGCUGCGGGAUAACCCCUUGGCUCUGCACUACUGCUUCCACCAGGCCCAGGAUGAUGUGAAGAAAGGGUUCAUCAAAGCGGAGGAUAAGUCCUAUCAACUUCAGAAGCUAGCAGAGCAGAGAAAGUUGGCCACAUACCUGAGUCUGCUGCGCACGUGUGAGGGCUAUAAUGAAGUCAUGUUCCCUCACUGCUCAUGUGAUUCGCGGAGGAAAGGUCAUGUGAUCGCUGCCAUCAGCAUCCACCACUUCAAACUGCACGCUUGCACUGAGGAUGGCACACUGGAGAAUCAGGUUAUAGCUUUCGAAUGGCCAGAGAUGCAGAGGUGGGACACUGACGAGGAGGGCAUGGCAUUUUGCUUUGAGUAUGCAAGAGGGGAGAAAAAACCUCGCUGGGUCAAAAUCUUCACUCCUUAUUUUAACUACAUGCAUGAGUGCUUUGAGAGGAUUUUCUGUGAGCUCAAAUGGCGAAAAGAGGUGGAAGAGGAGGCUUCAGACAAGGACAACAAGAACUGCAGCAACAAUGAGUACCUCUCUCCGCUGGAGCAACAAAAGGGAUGGCGUCACCUAGGGGGAGAGAUAGCCACCUCUUAAGAAUCCCUCUCCUGGCCUCUAGAGAUCACCAUAAACUGAGCUGUACCAUGACAGUAGAGCAAACCAUCCUAAUAACCAUGUUACCACGGCAACACCCCGGCGAUGCCAUAACAACCAUGUUACUAUGAGGACAAACGGCUUCCUUUCAGCUGCUGAGGGUUUCCACAGGCCUGCCACGUCACCUUGGCAGCUCAGAAUAACCCUUAUUACCAUAGCGACACAGACUCAUGGCUAAGCUAGAGGCAAAUCCGCUACAAAAGGACAGCAUCAAAAGGAUCUGUGCUCAUGUCAUCAGUAGAUACAUUCACCUCAUCAACCGGUCGUAAAUGCAGAAAAGCAGAGGACAGCCUGAGGGCUCCAGCACCAUUGGGUGUUGAAGUAGGCUCUUGCUCUCUUGGCCGGCGCUACCGCAGCAUGAGCCACCAUCAGUCAAAGAAGAGGCGCUUCGUCACCAUCAAAGUGUAGUGACCAGCAACCACUUUUUUAUUGGUUGCUGAUGGCACUACAUUAAUGUGACUGAUCAGAGCCAGCAUGUGUGUUUUGGAUUUUUGGGACUAUUUAAGAGAAACAAACACAGGAUGGCUAGGCAGGGGUGUAUAAGUUAAUAACUGAUUAUUAACACUAUGAUCGCAAGCAUUUAAACUCAUGGAGCUUUGAUAAUGCUGGACUGGUGCUCACUGAAGCACUUUUGAGGUUUAACCUUGUCUUAGCCGUCCUCUUAGAUUCAGACAUGUUCUUCUGAACAAAGGCGCUUAAUGGCAUCACUCUAGUAAAUGAUUUAGCUUCACUUUCUAAAACACUCUAACACAGGCUAAACUUGUCAGAAAAUUCUUGGAAGGUGCUUGUUAGCUUUCUUUUUGUGAGGCGCUCGGUUAAUUUUCAGUAACAGCCUUUUGCAAUAAGGACAGAACAAAGUUUGGUUAGGUGUAAGACUGCUUUACAGGCUUUCGUGAUUGAGCCGUAGGAGAGUUACCAGAGAGGCUGUGUGUGUGCGUGCGUGCAUGUGUGCUCCUAAGGGGAAGCAGAUGAGUGUGUGAAUGUCACUCCAUGCCCAGGGUAUUGUAAAUUUCAAAUACAGGCAAUAAAGCGGUAGGGUUUGGUAGCACAGCAGUUGUUUAGAUGGUCAUCGGUGGGGAAUUGUCAUUUUAUGUUCAGGUGCAGUUCCAUAGUCUUCCUGUAGGGGGCAGCAGUGCUACAUACAAAUGAGUUUUCUCACACAUCUACAGUCUUAACAGAGGGAGAUGGAGAGAACAAUUUUGCGUUUGUGUUUGGGUCACGUUUAGCAGUUUAAAAAGGGAGCAGGAGAGUGUGUGUGUGAGAGAGAGAGAGAGAGAGAGAGAGACGGAGUGAGAGAGUGAGUUUUAACUGUAUUGAGCAGUUAAAGAGCGGUCUUCCAGUCUCUUUAGAGCAAUGACUCCCUGGGGCUCUGUAAUUCGCCCUCUGAGCAUAGCACUGCAUUUCGUCUGUUAAGCGUGUCGGGAGGAUGGAGAGAGCGAGAGGAAAGCAGGAUGUUAAAGAUGCACCAGCUCUGUUGUGUUAAUGUUAACUUUACUCUGUUCAGCUGAACGGGAAGCUGUCUGAACCUCAGAAUGCAAAUUGAUGUCUGAUGUUUGGGCGUUAAUGAACAUGUUAUAAUAUUUCUCUCUUUCUUCAUUUCUUUCUUGCUUUCUCCCUUUCUCUCUUUCACGCUCACUCUUUUGUUCUUUCUUUCACUCUCUUAGUGCAUCUCUCUGCCUGUGUCUCUUUCAGUCUUUCUUUUACUCUUUUGGUUUUUCUCCUCUUCCCUCUUACUUUUUCUCUCCCUUCCUUGUUCUCUUUCUGUCUGUCCUCUCCUUCUCUCUCUCUCUCUCUGAGUGCGAGUGUGUUCCAUAAUUCUUCAAACAAAUUAAAGGGAAUACUCGAUCCAUGUGAAAACACCUUAAUAGUUCAUCGAUAAUUCAGCCCUAUCAGGGGUGUGGGUGUGUGUGUGUGUGUGUGUGCGCAUGUGUCCUUGGGGUUGGGGGCUGGUGGUGGUGGGCGGUGGCUAGUGGUCAGAGAACAUCCUGCUGUUGCCUUGGCAGCAUAAUAUCACACAUGCUUUUUUUUUGCUCUCUGUAUAUUUACAGACCUGACUAACUCCAUUAGUGUGUACUGCUGAGUCACAUACAUUCAGUGAUGAGAAUUCAAAGAUCUGUUCAUGUUUUUUUUUUGUUUUUUUUUUUAUAUAUAUAUAUAUAUAUUAUUUUGUAACAAAAGAAGAGCGCGUAGAGCUUUUUUGCAUCAAGAAUGUGCCGUAUGUAUGUAGUCAGUGGUCAUAAUUUCAUAAGAACACAGACGUUAUCAUUUUAAAAUGUCCAAAAAGAAACAAAAAAAAAUACAAAAACAGACGUGUGCAGCUGUGUCGUAACGUUAACCAGCGAACUGUUAGUUUCUGUGGUCAGUGUUACUUUCUUGUCCGAAAUGUCUAAGAACAUGAAUGUACCGGAAUGUAUUUGCAAGGCGAGUGUUAUGGGUUUUCAGUUUUUUUUUCUUUUCCCACUAUGAAGUAGCUUCACUCCUGCAGCUGAAAUGGAGAACUUGAAUGACCCACCUUUAACACCAAGAUGAGCUGUUAUGAAUAGUUAUAAUGAACAAAACUGAGCUAAUUCUGCUAAUUCAUAGCCUUUUAACACAAGAUUUUAUUUCUUUGCUCAAGUCUUUAAGAAAAUCUGUUCUCGAGAGUUUUAAGUGAGUCCAAAAAUGCGUUUGUCCUUGUUCGACCGUUUACUUGUAAAUGUAUUGCUUAUAUGUCGUUUUGACAAAGCAUUCACUGUAGCCUCUGACUGAAAUUGUUAAUUUAUAUAUAUAUAUUUUCCUGCUAAAUCAAGGGUAUAAAAUGAAGUCUAUUUACGAUAGUAUAGCCUACUGAAAUAAGGCUCCUUUAGGUCAUGGGCCGGCGUGGGUGGGAAAGGAUUUAAUUUAUAAAUGGAAACGAUGACGAGCAGUGAUGCUUUAUUUCAUAUAGCUUAAUGAUAUAAAUUAACAAUUGAUAUUCGUAAACGAUAGUUUUAUAUCUAAAACACAUGGGUUUCAACUAACCGAUACAAUUGAAAGCUCAACUUUGGAAAUGUCAUGUAGAAUAAAACAGUGUAACAUAUUAUUUUAAAUAAAAUUAUCUAUUGAUGAAGA